UCUCAUUCCAGGAUUGCGACAUUGGGUGGGACCCUGUCAAGCUGACCCGAGUUCGGCCGCGGGCACAAUGAUAUAGGCAGCCGUCCCCCACUCGGAGGUGGCCUCCGUACCGCAACCACUAAGAAGGCAACGCAAGCUCAUCACUCCAUUGUGCGGGCGCCUCCCUCGAAUGGCAUUACUCCAAGUGGGCGUAGCUCUGGUCGCUAUCGCCAGUAGUGGCCUGGCUCAGCCUCUUGUCGGCCCCGUCAACGUCCGCUCUCUACCGCUCUAUCUCACGAAAGGUGGGCGCCGAGAGAUUGGAGGGAUUCCUGGACGGUCCGGCCGAAAGGUCCACCGACCCGGAGACCAGGGUAUGCGGCACCUAGCAGUUCGGCGAGAGGUGUCAUCGACGGUCACAUGGCUGCCCACCUCCAGACAUCACAACAAAGCGAGUAGGUUUUCGUAUCCACUUGGCCCAUUCAGGAUGUCCUACCGGGGCGGAAAAGAUUCGGUAGGGCAUGGCCUGGCGACUCUGGUUUGAGGAACGAGCGGCAUAAAAAGAGGGUGGUUGUCUGAGAAGGC